AUGUUUACACGUUCAAGAUUCUUGUUUUCAAAAACUCUGUCUCCAAAAAAUUUUCCUAAGCCGGAACAUAAAAAUGAAGCACGAUUUCUUUAUAGUAUCACUACAAGAUAUCGAUCUACAACUCCUGUAAAUACCAUAAUAAUGUUUGUUCCACAACAAGAGGCAUGGAUUGUUGAACGUAUGGGAAAAUUUCACAGAUUACUUGAACCUGGACUUAAUUUACUUUGGCCUAUUGUUGAUAAAAUUAAAUAUGUUCAAAGCCUAAAAGAGAUAGCAAUAGAUGUUCCUAAACAAAGUGCCAUUACUUCAGACAAUGUUGCUCUAAGCAUUGAUGGUGUACUAUAUCUCCGGAUAGUUGAUCCAUACUUAGCAUCCUAUGGAGUAGAGGACCCUGAAUUUGCCAUCACACAAUUGGCACAAACAACCAUGAGAUCAGAACUAGGUAAAAUAUCUCUUGACAAAGUAUUUAGAGAGAGGGAAUCUCUAAAUGUAUCAAUAGUAGAUGCUAUCAAUAAGGCUAGCGAAGCUUGGGGAAUUGCUUGUCUGAGAUACGAAAUUCGUGACAUAAAAUUACCAACACGUAUUCACGAAGCAAUGCAAAUGCAGGUAGAAGCGGAACGAAGAAAGCGCGCCGCUAUAUUGGAAUCCGAGGGAGUGCGGGCAGCGGAUAUCAAUGUAGCUGAAGGCCAACGGCAGUCCAGGAUAUUGGCUUCAGAGGCCGAGAAACAGGAGCAGAUCAACAAGGCGUCUGGUGAGGCACAAGCCAUGCUUGCCGUUGCCGAGGCUAGAGCUCGUGGCUUAAAACUUAUAGCUAGUGCUUUAGCUCAUCAGGACAGCAAGCAUGCUGCGUCCCUAACAUUAGCUGAACAAUAUGUGUCAGCAUUUAACAAACUAGCGCGGACAAAUAACACACUAAUAUUACCAGCAAAUGCUGGUGAUGUCUCCAGUUUAGUGGCACAGGCUAUGUCGAUUUAUUCAACUGUAACAGCACACAAUAAUCAAGGACAAAACCAGUCAAAUAUUGCAGAUGCAACUUGUGAUAAUCCUCUUGUAAAUUUAAACCCCCUAUCAGUUAAAGGAACAACAAUGACUGGUCAAGCAGUCGAACAUGUUGAUGACAGUUUGGCAGAAUACUUUUCUGAUGAUGAAGAAAGAGAAAAAGCAUUGCAAGCUCAAAAAGAAAAGAAAAAACAGUUACAACAAAAUUUAGAAAAAGAAACUUAG